GCUACUCCAGCUUGAACUGCUUGCUUGGCAGCUGCGGCCGCUUUUAAUUAUUCAUCAGGAGCAAGCACAGCUUUUAUUAUCAGUUAAUAUUCGGCAAAACGUGCAUGCAUGUGCACGUAGUACACAGAAAUACUACUAAUAUUCCCUAUUAACUACCACUACUUGGCUAAGCCAAGUAGGCUUCUCCACGUGUGUAUAUAUAUAUGACUAUGUGCACACGUACACGCCCAAACUUAACCAAAAUCCACAAGCAUUUUCUUUUACCCACCAAACAAACAAAUCGAUCUCUUGUGUCUCAUGGCCACCGUGCGGCCACACCCGCCGGCGCCACCGUCUCCGGUGCAGGCGCCGGCGCCGGCGGCGCCCCCUCCGGUGAGCGUCGCCGCGCGGCCGCAGGCGCCGUACUACUACUACUGCCACGGCUGGAAGGAGGGCGUGGCGGAGUCGCGCUGCCCGACGACGGAUGCGGCGGCGGCGGCUGCGGCGGCGAACGGUGGCGUGAUCGAGCUCUCGUCGUCGGACAGCAGCGGCGGCGGCGGCGGCGCCGGCCGAUGGGACGAUGACGACGACGGGUGCAGCAGCUGCGUCGACGGCGACGAUGGCGCGGCGGCCGGCGGCGGCGGGGCGGGGCGGCGCCGCGACGAGGAGGAGAAAGGGAGGAGCCAGCAGUUCGGCAGCUGGUGGAGCCGCCAUGACAGCAGCAGCAGCAGCAGCUUCCUCUGGCCGCCGCCGCCGAAUGACAACGGCGACGACGAGGACCCGGCGGCGGCGGCGGCGAGGCGGCAGGAGGAGGACCGCAAGUUCUGGGAGGCGUGCCUGGCCUCGGGCCUUCCAUGAAGCCUGAAAGGGUAGCUAUAGCAAUCGAGUAUCGGAUGCGACAUACAAAUCCGUAUAAUUCUAGAUUGAUAUAUUAUGAUAUCGGAAAAUCCGUAUAGUCGUAGAUUGAUAUAUUUUGAUGUAGAUUGAUAUAUUUUGAUGUCGGAUGGGACGUACAAAUCCGUAUAGUCCUAAGUUGAUAUAUUCUAGCUGGAGGGAGUACAAAACUGACCAGUAACGUAUGUGUGCAAUAUUGCUUGUUUUUUGUUCAGUAUAAAUUGGUUUUGUGUUUCUGGAUUAAA